AUGUUUUCUAAAUCGUGUGUAAUUUUUCACAUCAUUUUACAAAUAACAUGCGAGCCCGACCAGCGGGUCAUAACAACAUUGAAAUAUUCAAAUUACUAUGUACAGCCGACGAUAGUGAAUGGAGAACCAGCUAUAAGCGGACAAAUACCAUAUUUAGUUUCGAUAAAAGAGCCUAUAAAGAAAAUAGGCAAGGAUAGGACGAUUUGGAAGAAUUUAUGCGGAGGCAGCAUUAUAGGGCAGGCGAAAGUAUUAACAGCCGCGCAUUGUUUUGAAGGAAGGAAGUUCUUUUACGAGAGAAAUCCAUUUUACCUGCGGAUUGUGGCUGGAAACCUCCGAAACGAUGUAGCGCAUUCAGGAGAAACUGAGACGAACGUUAUCAACCAGUGGAGAAACAUAUCCAAGGUGGUACUCCACAAACAUUUCCACUUCCCCAACAACGACUUGGCUCUCGUAUACGUGAGUGAGAAUUUUAAAUUCAGGAGCAACGUAGACUAUAUUGUCCCAGCGUCCAAAAACUUGGAUUAUACAAGGAGCUGUAUAGCAGCUGGCUAUGGUCGAACUGGCUUCGGUUGGACAGAUCCCAUCUCUCCAAUACUACUCAUAGCGAGGAUAGAGACUAUGCCCAAAUGGAGAUGCUCCAGGGUUUGGGAAAUGAAUAUGAACACGUUCGUAUGUUCAGCAUCAGCGUUCAGUGAUGUGUCCAGAGGAGAUUCAGGCGGGCCUUUAGCUUGUAAAGGUACACCAGACCCUAAAGAGGAAUCAAAUCGUGAUUUAUUAGUAGGGGUGGUCAGUGGGAAGAAUUUUGACAAGACUACCCUCUACACAAGAGUAUCAGCUUAUCAUGACUGGAUAGCGCGAGGCUAUGCAUUGGGCGGUUCGUUGGGCGGGCUGAUCCGCCCAAAUAAAAGCCUUGCUACGAGCCUCGUAGCUCACUCGUGUCGUAGCAGACGUAGCAGUCGUAGCAAAAACCGUAGCACCUUGAAACUAACACUCAGUACCAUAAAAAUGGCUUUUGGUUCGGAAGCGAGUCGUGUGUUGCUAUGUGUCUGCCUGGUCGCGUGUGUGGCGAGUGUGUUGUCUGCGCCAGCCCAGCUGUGUACAGCGGCGGCAGAGGACGACCCUCGUGCUGCCCGCUUCUGUCAGGCUCUGAACACCUUCUUGGAACUUUACGCUGAAGCUGCGGGCGAACAGGUGCCCGAAUAUCAAGCCCUGGUCCGCGACUACCCUCAACUCCUGGACACCGGCAUGAAGCGUCAAGACGUGGUGCACUCCUUCCUCCGUUUCGGUCGCCGCUGA